CCCCUGGAACCAAUUCUAAGCUCCCCCUAAUUUACUCCUUUGUUACCGAUAGGAAGGAAGGAAGGAAGGAAGGAAGGAAGGCGGCAGAAGAAGCAUCGGAAAUGGGAAGAGGAAAAAUCGCCAUCAGGAGGAUCGAGAACCGGACGACGCGCCAAGUUACAUUCUCCAAGCGCCGAGCCGGAGUGUUCAAGAAGACUCAUGAACUCUCUGUUCUGUGUGACGCUCAGAUCGGCCUCAUCGUCUUCUCCAGCAACGGAAAAUUGUUCCAGUACUGCACCCAACCAGCCUGCAUGGAUCAAAUUAUCCGGAGGUACCAGAUUGCUGUAGGAAAUCCAAUUCCGGAGCAGAAUAUGAACCAUCCGGAGGAACUGGAGAGGCGGCUGAGGAUCAUGAGAAAAGACACGGACGAUCUUCAGCUGAGUUUGCAACGCUACACCGCCGAGGAUUUCAGCACUUUUCAGCUUCGCGAUCUCCACGAUAUCGAGAACCGCCUCCAAAACUCUCUCGACAGAGUUCGUGCUCGGAAGUCGGAGCUGUUACAGCAGCAGGUCGACAAUCUGCGAAGAAAGGUUGAGAAAAUGCUGGAGGAUGAGAAUGAACAAAUUUACCAUCUGAUAAAAGAGCAGCAGAUGGCGAUGGAGGAGCAGCAGGUGGUGGCGAUGAUGCAGAAAAGAAGAAGCGAUGACGUUGAGGAGGAGCAGGUAGUAAAUAUGGAUGGAGAUGAUGGGUUUGGGUUCGACAAUAGUAGUAAUGAUAUUCAUCCGCACCUUCAGCUCCAACUUCAGCACUAUCACCAGCACCAGCAUCAUCAUGAGCCUAGCAGCGUUCUUCAGCUCGCCCCACUGCCCUCUCCGCCGCCACCGCCGCCCUUCCUUCCGUACCGCCUUCAGCCGUUUCAACCCAAUCUUCAAGACAUCAACCUCCAUUCCUCCACCUACGAGUAGUAGGAGUGGAAAUUAGAGGAGAAGGGUUUGGAGGCAACAACCUCUUGGUGCUGUGCUGACUGCCAAUUCAUAUCCUCCUCCUAAUUUCAUGUCACCAAAACCCCCACUUAUUUAAUAUCAUUUCAGACUCCCUCUUUCUUCUUCUGCUCUUAUAUAUAUACUCAAUAUGCCUUUCUCUAUACUAUUUUAUAUCAUAUCA